AUGGUAAAUAACAGGCUAUCGUCGCUAAAUGAGGAUAAGUUGAGUGCGGUUAGUCAUUAUGGACCUGUUACGGCUAUAAAGAUCUUUCAAAAUUGCAUUUUUGUUGGAUAUGGACCUGUUUUGAAGAUCUAUCAACUACAGCUUCCGGGUUUAGAUGCCUUUCUCAUAUUUGAUAAACAGUUGUUUAAGAGAAAUAAGAUCCAUUGUAUAUCAAUCAAUGAGAAGGGGCAGGUGGUGGUUAGUGGAGCUAAAUCGUUUUUGACAUUUACGUUCAAUGUGGAGGAGGAAGAGAAGCAGGUGAAAGAGAAGCAGGAGUUUAAAGAAUGGAAAAUUGAUGAGUGGAUUGUAUCGUCGAGGAUCUUGGACGAUGGUUUUGUGCUUCUACUCAGUGCAUAUAACGUGAUCUAUAAGCUUGACCCUAAUGGACAAGUAAUCGAGCAAGUAGAUUGCGGAGAGAAAUCGAUAUCGUAUAGUGGUUCGAUAAAUGUCCUUCCCUCAGGAGACAUUUAUAUCGCCACAGGAACAGUGAUGAAUGGUGUUAUAAUAUGGAAAUAUCAAAGUAGAGAUAUUGUAUACCGGUUGAAUGACCACGAUGGUUCGAUUUUUAGUGUCAAGAUAGAUUCCAAGGGCAUGUAUAUUGUGUCCUGUUCAGAUGACCGAAGUAUCAAAUUAUAUGACUUUGCAACGGGCAAUGUUUUAGCAACGGGGUGGGGUCAUGGUUCCAGAAUAUGGAACCUAGAGUUUGGUAAACUGGAAGAAGGGUUAAAGAUAAUGAGUAUUGGCGAGGACUGUACAUUACGAAUAUGGGCUUAUCAUAACAAUUCUGAUCUACUUGAGCAAGUGCAAGUUAUUGAAAACUGUCAUAGCGGGAAAAAUAUCUGGUCGGGUGACAUGGACGAUUUGAACUUGAAAAUAUGUUGUACUGGUGGAGCCGACGGCCGUGUAAGAGUACAUGAUCUAGAUGAGAAAAAUCAAGUUACCACCAAGAUUGCACAUAAUGAGUUUGCUUGUGCUUCAGGUAACAUGACCCUAAAAACAAGUGGAUCAAUAAUAGACUAUUUCGAGUUGACAAAUUUGGGGAAAUUGGUCUGCUUAACUCUGGCUGGGUAUAUUGUUGCUUACAAUUAUGGUGAUGAGAAUUAUGAGGAUUUGGGAUUUUACAAAGCAUUGGGUGGGUUUGGAAUUGUUUCUGGAUUUAAUGAGAUCAACACAGUAUUGAUAACUAGUCGUACUGGAGAUAUAGUUUCUAUCAUAUUUGGAAAGGAAGGAAUCAAACAGGAGUGGCAUGAAAAGAUUUUGGUGCAGAAACUCACAAACGUACUUUGCUGUUCAUCUCAUGGCCGAUAUUUUAUCCUUGUUGAGGAGACGGGUAUCAGUUAUCCUUUUCGUUUAUGGGAGGUUACACUUGAAGGCAAUACAGUCAAUGUAACAAGCAAGUUCGUUAUCUUCAAAAACCCUCAGCCUUUCCAGCUAACUGCAAUGACCGUAGAUGCAGAAAAAGGAUGGGUAAUAAUAGCAUCAAAAAAAUCAUCACUUAUCAUUUCUUCCAUUGACUUCCCACUGUCUAUGUCAUCUUUCAACAAAGUUGGUCAUGGUGAUGCGAUAAGCUCGGUGUCUGUUAUAGGCUCAGAGGACAAGUAUCGCUAUAUACUCAUCACUACAAGAGAUGGCCUAUAUAUGAUUGCACAAGUAUAUCGUGCAUUCCAUGAAUUCCGGUUUAGGGUUUUGCACAAAAAUAAAUUGACCCGUAUGUUUAUUGAAGGAGGCUAUAUGAACAAACACAAUGAUUUAAUAUUGUAUGGGUUUAAAUCAUCCUACUUCAUUGUUUGGAACGAGAGUAAACAAAUGGAGAUAAUGAGUCAAUUUUGUGGUGGCAAUGGCCAUAGGCACUUUAAGUUCCACUUGAAGACACCUCGAGAUUUCAGGUUCAUUUACUCAUUCAAGAGCAAUAUAUACUAUUGCCAGUAUCAUGAAAGGUUCACAAAAAAUGAAAAAAAUGGGCUCAAUUGCAGGCUAUUGCAUAGUGGGACCCAUGGGCGUGAAAUCAGAGACUUGUCCAUACUGAAACAAGAAUUUCCAGAUGGCUCUAGACUUUUAAUAAGCUCAGCAGAAGACUCGACUAUUUGUUUGAGCAGGAUGUAUCGCGAUGGUAAACUUUGUAGUAUAUGGAGUAUGAACAAUCAUAUUUCAGGUAUGCAGAAAGUGAGGUUUUUCAAGGACAAGUAUGUGUUGAGCUCAGCUGCAAAUGAAGAGUUUCUUAUUUGGGAAAUAAAUUAUGUCAAUCUGAUUCCAACAUUGAACGAGAUUGCAAGAUUGAAAUCACAAGAGAAGGUUCCGGAUUUGAGAGUGAUGGACUUUGAUGCUGGGGAUUUUUAUUUUAUUACGGGGAUGCUUGUUGUAACUGUAUUUUCCAAUUCCUUAAUCAAGUUGUGGAAAUUUUCAAAGGAACCCUAUGAUUUGAAAUUUUUCAAUGAAUGGAAAUACUCAACUUGUUGCAUUUUGAAUUGUAGGUUGUUUCGAUUAUCGGAAUACAUCUAUUUGUUGAUUUCAACAACUGAUGGAUUUGUCACUAUUUGGGAUAUCACCAAUCCAAAAAGACCCAAACUACAAGUCUCGAAGAAAUUGCAUCAAAGCGGGGUGAAAGCAAUUUGCUUGAUACCAAAGCCUCGCGAUUGUGGAUACUACUUGGUCACUGGUGGAGAUGACAACGCAUUGACCAUUAGUAUUAUUACUGUUUCUGACUCAAACGAUCAAUUACAAUUUACAUUGAUCGAUGCUGAAGAAACUGCUGCAUCGGCUACAAUAACGUCUAUUUCAAAGGUGGAUGAAAAGAGAGUGGUUGUAGUAUCCGUUGAUCAAAUUAUACGAUUAUGGUCGUUUGAAAAUGACAAGUUGGUUUGUGAACUUGCAAAAUUCACCACUGUUGCCGAUACAGGAUGCUGUGAUGUAAUUGAUGAUAUGCUUGUGGUUGGUGGCGCCGGCAUCUCCAUUGAAAGGAUUAAGUUGUGA